ACCAAUAAUCAUUCAAAUUCGUAUUCGUAAGUCAUUUAUUACUGUACUUUGGUAAAUUUACACAAACAUAAACUGCUAUUAAAAUUUAUACUUAUCCGUCGCUAUUAAGCAGUAACCAGUAUUUUCGCAACUAUGGAUGAGUAAAUCGUCUUUCGGGAAAGUUUGACGGAUUAGAAUGUGAACGGUUGUGUGCGAAGGAAGAACGCUAGUUAUUGAAACAAUAUUGUGAAGAAAUAAGUGUAUUGGCUUGAUGAAAUAAAUCAAAAACGCAAAAGCUUGUGUCCAUUUGCCGCGGGCACCUGUGUGGUGAGACGUUGUAUGCAACAACAUCUAACGAUCCUGCAUUCCCGAUGAUGGUCCAGAAGGCUGUGUUUACUGCAAAUCGCGUAUGUUGUGUUAUCCUUCUGGUCGACCUAAAGCGCGAUCUGAUCUAGUGCCGCACCACAAGAGAGCAGCAAUAGACAAAAGAAAGAGCGAGAGCGUAAUAAAAAAGCCUGCUGAGUAUUACAUUCAUCCUCGUCACACUGCACCAUACCACCACGCUCACGAUCUCGGUGCCGCUAGUGAAGGCUCCGAUGUGAAACCUAGACAGCGUUCCGCGUGAGUGUGAUAAAUCAUUUCUCGCUCAUCACACGCGCAACCGACGACAUUGUGUAAAGUAGUAGCUUGCUAAAUCAAAAUGCAAGUAAUUGAUAUCCUUUUUUUGGCUGCUCGAAAUUCAUCGUCGCGGUAAAGGUCGUUUGUGAACUGUGUCUACUAUUGAUCGACCAUUAUUCGCGUGUUUAUCAAAUAAUAGACCAUUAGUUCGUUUGUUUGUCCGUGAAAUCGUCGCGCAACGGGAAAAUUAUUGAAAACCGCUCUGUAGAGUACUACAUUGAAACUGUGAUUCUAGUUUUAAAAUAAGUGAAUUUAGUUUACGAUUAAAUGUAAAGAUAUAUGUAAUACGAAAAAAGUAUAGUCAUCUCAAAAGAUUCGACUCGGUCAAUGUGCGCGCGUGUUAAAUUGAAUGAGAAAAUCACCAAUAAUAAAAUUCUUAGCAGAACGUUGAACCCGAGUAUGAAAGGAAAAAAAGUGUGAUUAUAUUGAAGCACUAUUUGCUUCUAUCGUUCUAAGUUUGCUCUGUCGUGAGAUUUAAAUUUCAAUGCUUUCGUCAAGCGAAAUCCACAAUUCCUUAUGAUUUACCACGAGCGUUUUCGAUACCAUAAAAAGCACAAAAAUAAGUAAUCUGGCGGUAUCGACUUAACUCGCAACUCUAUUGCGAACUAUUGAUACUAGCUUAACGACAGUGGACAUUUUUAGUGAUAUAGUGAUAGUGUGUGAGUGUGUGUGUGUGCUGUGACAAAAGGUAUAGUGAUUUUUAUCAAAUCUAGGCAGUUUGAUCAGUUGCAACAGGAAUUAGAAUCGACGGCCGCCCGUGUUGGUCGGAUUGAUGGCACAGCCUAGGUACGAUGAUGGCCUGCAUGGCUACGGAAUGGACGGUGGAGCAGCUGCGAUGUACGACCCGCACGCUGGCCACAGGCCACCAGGGUUAUCCGGUUUACCUCCACAUCACUCACCUCACAUGAACCAUGCAGCGGCUGCAUCAGUCGGUAUGCAUGGUUAUCAUGGAACCUCUAGUCAUGUAUCACCAGCCACAAGUCACAUGGGUGCAGUGCAACCAGAUGUGCAUAAACGUGAUAAAGAAGCUAUUUAUGGACAUCCAUUAUUCCCGCUGUUGGCACUCAUAUUUGAAAAAUGUGAACUGGCGACGUGUACGCCUCGAGAACCAGGUGUUGCGGGUGGUGAUGUGUGUUCCUCAGAUUCCUUCAGCGAAGAUGUGGCAGUAUUUAGCAAACAGAUACGACAGGAGAAACCCUACUAUGUGGCGGAUCCAGAAGUAGAUUCACUAAUGGUGCAGGCUAUUCAAGUCCUACGGUUUCACCUCCUGGAACUUGAAAAAGUACACGAAUUAUGCGAUAAUUUCUGCCAUCGAUAUAUUUCAUGUUUAAAGGGUAAAAUGCCAAUAGACUUAGUGAUCGACGAACGGGACACCACCAAACCACCAGAAUUAGGCGGUGCCAAUGGCGAGGGUAGAAGUAAUGCAGAUUCAACAUCACAUACAGAUGGAGCUAGCACACCAGACGUUGUGAGUACCCCCUUCGCGGGAGCACAUGGUCCUAUAUUGGCGAGCUACAAUGCGGUGGUGCACCCAUGUUCGUAGUACGACUAUGACCUUCUUGCAAAAACGAAGCGGGUGCUCACAAUGCCCUGGGAUAAUGGCCACAACUACGCUUGAGAUCGCGCUGACUAUGCUUAAUUGUACUACUUUAGAUACAACAAAUUGAGAACAAAAAUACCAAAAAUUAAGCAAAACCAUAGCAUUGAUUAAAAUUUGAUACUUUAGAGACAAGGCAAAAUAAAUAUACGCCAAUGUAAAUCUGCAUUAACAUCUUACGUGCCAGCGACAUUGAGAUGAUUAAUGAAGUUUGCAACAUGUACAGAAGCUGCAACUACGUUACAGGACUCAGCUCAUCUUUGAAACAAGGUUGAAAUCCAUGUGUGUAUGAUUCUGAACGUCUGGAUGCAAACACUCGAACCGAUGGAGAAAUGGCAAGUGUGCAUGUGCAACAGAGAGAAAAACGAAAAUAACACAACACAAAAAUAAAUAAAGUGAAAAGAAGAUUUGCUAACAAGUUUGUGAGUGCAAACAAUCACAUUCGGACCACCGGCUCAGGUGCGAAGCUUCUUUUGUGUGUAUGUAUAAUCUCGUUUUUCAUCUAGCAUAUUACAACGCUUUGAACCAUGAAUCCUGUUCGUGAAACAUUAAGCAUAGAGAGAGAGAAAUGCAUAAAUCAGACAAUUUGAAUGAAUUGUAGAUUCUGUACGUGCUGCAAACGCCUGAAUUUCAGCAACGGUUCAAGUAGAAGGAAAAGCAAAAAGAAUUACACUCUUGCAUCUUAAUUAUUAAUACAAAACAAAAAGAUUUAAGAAAAGUGAUGCGACAAACGUACGAAUCUAAAGUAUAGAUUGUAAAAGCAACUUUAUAUACGUAAUUAAAGUAUAAGGAUAAAAGCUAAUUUCAAAUUUUAUUGAAUGAAUACAAAACAAACCAGCUGUUAAAGGCAAGCCAGGAACAGAUAAAGAAAAUAUAGCAAGUAUACUUCGUUUUUGCAAGAAGCCCAUAUAGCUCGCCAAUUUCGAUUACCGGAACUAUUUGGCAACAAUGCGUGAGUGUGCACGUGUCCAUCGUCGUUGGUUAAUAGUGUUAAACGUUUGCAAUUUUUUACAGAUACUAGGAUGGAUAUUAAGAUCACUGGCGGUACUUUUUAAUAUUUUUUCCAUACACAAAUAUAUUGCUUUUUGGGACAUUACAGGCUUUGAGCCAAGGAAUUACCGUCGGUGAUCGGAAAGUGAUUAUGUAAAACUAACAAACUGCUCAAUUUUUUUUCUAUCUCAACAGCACACUACCUGGUAAUCGUCAUUGUUGUCAAAUCGUUCCGCGUUUGCAUGUACAGACAUAUUUUUGCUUUAAAAUAGUAUUGUUUUUUUUAUUAUCGCGCUCUUAGUUACUAUAGAAUAGCAGAUUUUCGUUCUAUAAACGAGUGAAAUAAUACCUCUGGGGUUUGGGAUAACACAAAGCCAUCGGAAUUGGCUAUAGUGUUUUUUUUAUCUUUUCUGUGAAUAUGAUUCUUCUAUAUACUGUUCAACAUAGAAUCUCCUCCGCUGCAAGUUGAACGUAAACUGAGCAAGUUGGCGCAAUAAGAUAGAAUCUGAAAAUACUUGAAGGAAGUUGCCACAUCGAUUCAUUAUGUAAACACCUUCUUGAUUUUCGAUAUAUCAUGAAAAAUAGACUUUAAGGCCAAAAUUUAUUAAACCAUGCCAAUAUUUCAGAAUGAUACUUCUGAAUUUUAGUUUACCUUUGCGUUUUUCGCAUAAAUUUGAUCUACUACACGAGUCAAACAGAGGGAAAGUAUAAAAUCAUUCAAGGAUAAAUCAAACGAUAUACGUAAUUUACAUAUGACUGAAACUUUUCUGUAAAUUGAUCUUCUGAAUGACAAAUGAUAUCGUUGUUCAACUAUAACUACUAAUCUAUUUAACUAGGCAAAAUGUACCAUCAAACAAAAAACGAAUACAAAGGGUUAUGCGGACGAAAUCAUCAUUAUGUAUACGAUUUUAAGCCCUCGAUUACGAAAGCAGUAGGGGGAUGUAUUUGGUAUAUUUUUUCAAAAAACGUAGGGUUUUGAUCACGUUACAUUCGAAAACAUUUAUUUUCACUCAUCCAAAAACAUCUUUUGACAAUUUCCGUUAUAAAUGAAUGCGAUAUAUAAAUAUAUCGUAUACUACGAAACAGAUCGUGAUCAUUAGGGUGAAUUUAAAUUUUGAUAGUUUCAAAAUUAGUUAUUCUAUGUUCUCUAUUUGUUUAAAAUGGCUUGCUUCUCUCUCACAUCACAGACAACAAAUGAAUAUCAAAACCAAACAUUAGCAGCAACAAAACAAGUGUUAAUUGAAUUCACUUUAAAAUUGAAUUCAUACCAAUAUCUUUGAAUUAAAAUUAAAAUUAUAACUACCAGCUAAAUUCAACCCUAUAAACAUUUUAUCUAGAUAGUCUCUAUGUUAAGAAUAAAAUUUAAUAUGAUGAAAUGCGUAUACGAACUAUAUUUAAUAGAAAUAAAUAAAACUACACAAUGUGGAAAUGAACAAAAAUAUUUUACUAUUGGAAUAUUUUUGUAAGUAUGUAAAAAGAAAGCUAUAUUUAAAUUAAUUCAAUCUAUACAAUGUAAACAAUUUAAGAGAGGGCAAACUAGCAACAUUAAUUAAGUAAUUAGCUAAACGCGUUUCUGUCGGUCAUACACAAACAAAAAUAAACAAUGAUUUUUCUCGAAUUAAUGUAUUAAAAUGAUAGAAAAAUAACAAGCUAUAUGGGCAUUUUAGUUUUAAAUUUAAAUUAUCAGACGUGCAGACAAGGAAAAAUAUAAUACCAACUAAACAAAACGCUAAGUAGAAAACGAAGAUGCAGACAAAGAAAAUCAUACUCAGUAUACAAGAAAGAAAAAUUUGUGAUUUUUAUUUAUAUCAUAGCAGAAAGCCACAAAUGUUUUAGACAAUUUUCAUUAUGUUUGGAAUUGUUCAUUUGAAGUUAUGAUUUAUUAUAACAUAACAUGCAGUGAAUAAAACAAGAAAUCUAGCUUCAACUUAUCACUGUGUGGUAAUUGGAAGUUGUACAUUGAACAGAAAAGUAUAGGCAGACUGCAGCUAAUCUUAAAACUAGGUAUAUUCCCAAAUCAAUUCAGUUAAAAGAGUUGUAAAUUGAUAUUGCUUGGAUGCAUAGAAUGCAAGCAUAAUAUUAAAGUACAAAUUUUAGCAGUCAACUCUUUGUUUCAUAUACAA